AUGCCUUCUUCACAGUUUAAAAAUUUGCAAAAACAAAAAAAUAUUCUUGGUGAAAUUGCUAAAGCAAGUGAAGCGAUUCGACGAAAACAUCGAUUAAUAAAGUUGGGCAAAGAAGAAAUUGAGCAAUCUUUAAAUACUACUUUUAAACCAAUAGUCACUCCAAUUCAAAAAUUAGCUGAUGAAUUUGAAAUCAUUAAACAUAUUCGUCCACAAAAAAUAGAAGUUAAAAAUGAACAAGAUUUUAAACAAGAAGAUAUUAUUGAUCCUGGUUUUAAUAAUUUUUAUGCAAGUUCAGAAAUAAAAAAUGAACAAGAUGAUGAAAUGUCAUUUAAAACUGCAUCUUUAGAUGAUAAUAAAAAGAAAAAGGAUAUGGACAAUACAUAUGGGGUUCGAAAAUUAGCCAAAGGAAGGUUAAUGAUUGGUGAUUCACCAAUAAAUUUUGAAGAAAAUAAUAUCAUUAUAAACAAUUCAGUUUAUCAUGCAACAAAGGGUUUACUGGAACUUUUAUUUAAAAAAACACCCCAAGAAAAUUUUAUAAGUUUUGACGAUCGUGAAAAUUAUGCAAAUAUUGUCAUUUCAACUAAUGCUCACAAAAAGUAUUAUAAAUCAGAUGAAAAUAUUCGUGAGAAUAAAACUUUGAAAUUUCAAAAUUUUAUUGCAAAAAAAAUACCAUCCCCAAAAUCUGAGAAAAAGAGACAAGGAAAAGGCAUAGUGCCACAAUAUAUGAUUAAUCAAGAAAAUACAAAUAUUGAUUAUAUUUAUUGGGAUGAUCCGAAUGAAUUAGUAGACCGUUUACGAUUACUCUUGGCGUCUCAAGCUGCCGGAAACCCCAGUCAUAAUAAUGAAAUCAUUUCUAUAAUUGAAGAAUUACGUGAAGCAAAAAUUAUUUAUUAA